CUAAAAAUGAGAAGUUUUUUAAAUUUCAAAAGCACAAUUUUAGUUGGACUACAAAGUUAUGUUUUUGAAGUGUAGGAAAUUACUGAAGAUUUCCUGCAUUUCCAAUUUCAAAAAGUACAUUCACAAGUACAUUUUCAAUAUGGAGAAAGCUUACUUGCGACAUUUAGAAGGCGGCGAUCAGUUCGAAUUAGCCUUGAAGUACUCCAAUGAGGCUCUUAAAAUAAACAGACAAUUCAAUUUCAAUAGAAGACUCUCCGAAAGUAUCGAAAGUUUCACGAGUAGAGUUGCUACCAAUGUCGAGAAAAUGAUGGUGAAGAAAACCAAAAAACGAAAAAAGGAAGAGACCUCUGAUAAGGUAGCCCCGAAAAUAGAUGUAGUUGUCUUACUUAACGACGCCGAAGUUAGUAAAGAUGCACAAUGUAAAGACAUAUUCCAGUCUGGAAAUGAUGUUACGUUAAAAAUCAUGGACAAGCAGUUUAAAAUUAUCGUUAACUCUCCGUGGAUUGUUACCCUUUCAUUGCCAGUAUCCAUUCUCGCAGGUUUUCCAACUUAUCCAUCCAAAUUUGAAUCUGUUUACACUAACAAAGAUUUGUCUCAGUUUGUCUGGUCUAAAUCCAAAGAUGAGAAGAAUUGGUCGAUUGUAGGUCAAGAUUACAUAUUUAGCCCCUCGAACGAGGACAUAAAUAGUUAUAUAAAAUUAACUUGCACUCCUAAAAACGAGGCGUUUGAAGGGCCCACUGUGGAGUGCAUAUCGGUGUGUAGAGUCGAAGCAAAUCCCGGACUAUGCCCUUUCGAAGUCAGACAUCAGUUUACUAAUAAAAGAGCUAAAGAAAACGAGAUAAGAGUUGUAACCUACAAUAUAUUAGCUGAUUUAUACUGCGAUUCGGAUUAUACGAGAACGCAUUUACACCCCUAUUGUCCUCCUUAUGCCUUGGAAAUUGACUAUCGCAAGCAACUUAUCCUUAAAGAGAUUAUUGGUUAUAAUUCCGAUAUAAUUUGCCUUCAAGAAGUAGAUAAAAAAGUAUUCAAAUACGAUUUGAAACCGGUGCUUGGUCAUUUGGGUUACGGCAGUAAUUUCUACACCAAAGGAAACGAAGUGGCUGAAGGAUUGGCGUUAUUUUACAGCAGAGAGAAAUUUAGUUUAUUAGAAGAUCUAUCACAAAGAUUGGUGUUUUCAGAAAAAAUAUCGACAGAUAUUAUAUUCGCUGAUAUUUGGGAAAAAAUAUCCAAGAACGAAAAUUUGGCGAAACGAAUUUUGGAUAGAUCUACAACGUUGCAAGUUAAUGUUUUAGAGUCAAAAAAUCGUAACGAAAUAUUAGUUGUGGCUAAUACACAUUUGUAUUUUCAUCCAGACGCCGAUCACAUUAGAUUACUACAUGGUGGUCUUGCUAUUAGGUACUUAGAACAUUUUAUAAAUUCGUUAAAAGAGAAAAUGACAUCGAAAAGGAUAUCAUUAAUUUUUUGUGGAGAUUUCAAUAGCGUUCCCAGCUGUGGAAUUUACAAAUUGUAUACCAAUGGGGAAGUUCCUAAAAAUUUUAUCGAUUAUGAGAGUAGUAAGUACAAGGAUGAAUUGGUUGAAGGUGUCGAAUUAAAGCAACCAUUUAAACUGGCCAGCGCUUGCGGAACUCCCAAGUAUACGAAUUACACAAGUGGAUUUUCGGAUUGUUUAGAUUAUAUUUUCUACGAAACAGACAAUUUGGAAGUUUCUCAAGUCGUGCCGUUGCCGAGUCACGAAGAAGUUACUGCGAAUGUUGCACUACCCAGCGUCGUUUUUCCUUCAGAUCAUAUCGCUUUAGUUUCCGAUUUAAAGUGGUUAGAUUGAACAUUAAUUUUGUAUACACACAUACGAGAAUGUUAUUGAAUGUUUAUAUGCAUUUUC